AUGGCCCGAGUGUGGCAACAUCCAUUUCUGAAUGUCUUCAAACAUUUGAAAGUAGAAGAAUGGAAAAGGUCGACAAAGGAGGGUGAUGUGACUACUGUUAUGGAUAAGACGCUGAAGGGAACAGUUUAUCGUAUUCGUGGUGCCAUUCCAGCUGGCAAUUUUAUUCAGCUCCCCAAAACUAGCACCCAAUCUCUGGGACUGACAGGGCGAUACCUCUACCUACUUUUCAGGCCAAUUCCCAUGAAGUACUUUGUUGUCCACUUGGAUGUAACUACUGAGGAUAGCCAAGUGAUUCGAAUCUCCUUUUCCAACCUCUUUAAGGAGUUCAAGUCCACCUCUACAUGGCUUCAAUUCCCUUUCAUUUAUGAAGAAACUACAAGGCCUUUGAAGACUUCUAAGACAGACCUUAUUGGUGCAGCUCCCAAUGGUGUGCGAUGGACUUGCCUACAGCUAGAUCUCCAGUUCAUUUUAAUGCUAUAUCUGAAUCGACUCUACAGCCAUGUAAAGAGUAUCAAGCUCUGUGCCAAUAUGCUGGUGAAAAACAUCUAUACCAGUGACCUGUCUUUUGAUCCAGGUGUCACCAUCUCACAAGUCCGACAGGCCAAACUGGCUCUCAAUGCCAUGCCCCGAGAAAUGGCAUUUCCUGUUCCAAAAGGGGAGAAAUGGCAUGAUCAUUAUGUGUUUAUCAGGUUUCCUACUGAUGAAUUCCAAAUGCCCAGUGACCCUGUUCAGAAAAGCUAUCUCCCUCAUACAUCAGGAUUUCAGGGAUCUGUCCAGCAGCUUCCACAGCCAGUGACUGUCAGCAAAGCCAUCCAAGACAGAGUGUUGCUCAGCCAGAAGAUAACCAGUCCCAUGGCUUGGUCACAUCAGGCUCCUUCAGUACAGAAAUCUAUCCCCGAGGCAAACCUGACCUCUGGGCAUCUGGAAACCUCAUACCUCGGGGGUCAGAAGGGCUGCAGAAAAGGAGUUCUAGCUGGUGGAGAUGCUACUGUCACGUGUGCAGCAAAUGAUGGUGGCAUUGACGUGUAUGUUCACAAAUUGGGCAAGGAGCCCACUAUCUUUGAAGACCCUGGCUUGGAUGAGAUUACAAGCCCAAGGCUGACCAAAUCAGUGACCAUUUCUGCCAAGAGUUCAUCUCAGCACAGAUGUCUCCUCCCCGACCCAAUCCUGAAGUUAAAGGGAGUGAUUGGCUUUGGAGGCUGCAGCACCAAAUGGGCUCUGUGGUCUAAGGAUAGUUCAUAUUUGGUUUAUCCUUGUCAUGCUGUAAUUGUGGCCUUGAUCAUUGAGACUGGAAUGCAGCGCUUCUUUAUUGGUCAUACAGAUAAGGUUUCUUCCUUGGCAUUUAAUGGGAACAGCACUCUGCUGGCUUCAUCACAGAUGGGUCCCCUGAGUAUGGUACGACUUUGGAAUUUUGAGACAGGAAAAUGUCUGUCAAUAUUUAAAACUCAUAUUCACUCCAUAUGUUUCCUCAGCUUUUCCUACAGUGGGGCUGUCCUCUGUGGCGUUGGAAAGGAUAGACAUGGAAAGACGAUGGUGGUGGUGUGGAACACAGCCUCCAUAAGCCACGGAGGGGAGGUGACUGUCCUUGCGAAGGCUCACACAGAUGUGGACAUCCAGGCCUUGAAGAUUGCAUUUUUUGAUGAUACCAGGAUGGUGUCAUGUGGCCGAGACAACAUCAGACUGUGGCGAAUUCGAGGUGGCACCCUGCGCUCGUGUCCAGUAAAUUUGGGAGAGUACCAUGCUCUGGAGUUCACAGAUCUUGCCUUUGAAGAGGGACAUGUCGCCAAUCGAGAACCUGAGGAGCGGACUCUCUUUGUCUGUAGCCGGAGUGGUCAUAUUCUAGAAAUCAACUACAAGAAUGUUACUAUCCAAAAUGCCCGACGACUCCUUCCUUCACAAACUCAACCUAUGCAGCGGAAAGAGAAGACAUUCAACUCGGGCCCAGGGAUUGCCAUCAAUAGCAUCAGUAUUUCUUCCACUUUCUGUGCCAUGGGCUCUGAGGAUGGCUAUCUGCGGCUCUGGCCACUGGACUUUUCAUCUGUCUUUUUGGAGGCAGAACAUGAGGGAGCAGUCAGAUCAGUCUGCAUUAGUCCAGAUGGGCUUCGAGUCCUGUCCACCACGUCCACUGGGAAUCUGGGUUUCUUGGAGAUCCAAUCCCGAAGAUAUAACACUCUUGUACGCUCACAUGCUGAUUUGAUUCUGGCAUUUGCUAUCGAAGGACACCGGAAGCAACUGGCUACUGUCUCUCAGGACAACACCAUACGAAUAUGGGACUUGAUGACCAUGCAACAGCUCUAUGAUUUCACCACUACUGAAGAGACACCUUGUGCUGUAACCUUUCACCCCACACAGCAGAUCUUUGUCUGUGGCUUCAGCAAUGGGAUAGUGAGAUCCUUUAGCUUGGUUGAAUCCGAUCUCUUACUGGAAUACAAGAGGCAUCGAGGGGCAAUCACGGGCUUAGCAGUAUCACCAGAUGGCAACUUCAUGUACAGUUCCUGCUCCCUGGGGACCCUGGCUCUUUAUAACUGCUCCACCGAAAAGUACUAUGUCCUCAGAGUGCUGAGUAAUGUGGUCUGCCAAGAUGCUGAGUUGGGCUCCAAUAUCCUGGCUGUCAAUGGAGAUAGCCAUCUCCUGGCCUUUGUGGGCCCUUCCAAAUAUACAGUGACCAUUAUGGAUGCUUCCUCCUUAGAUGAGCUACUUCGGAUUGAUAUCAGUAUCCUGGACUUAGAAAGCACCAACCUAGACUCUGCAUUGGACAUUUGUUUUGCCCCUGUAUCAAGUGGCCAUUUGCUGGUAUCUACUUCUUCCAACAAAGUCCUGGUGCUUGAUGUCAAAACUGGUUGCUUGAACCGACAGAUAUCUAAUGUUCACCAAGUAGCCUGCUCUGCAUUGGCUCUGAGUGAAGAUGCUCGAUUUCUCCUGACGGCUGGGGACCGGGCCAUCAAAGUGUGGGACUUUCAGAUGAAAUUCCGAACCAGCUUCCAGGCAUUUAUUGGCCAUUCUGAGCCAGUGCAGGGGGUGGCUUUUACUCCUGACCAGCAGCAGAUCAUCAGUAUUGGAGAUGCCAUCUUUAUCUGGGACUUCUUAGCUUCUCCUGAGAAGAUAUCUAAGGCCAGUGUCCAUUGGUCUAUAGAAUCUUCUCCCUCUCUUGAUACUGGACCAAAAACUGAGAAGACUAGAGAUGCAGCCUCUAUAACCAAUGGGAUACCUCGUCAGUUAAUACCUAUGCCAUCUCUGGCCUCCCCACCUCAUCUGGAUAUUAGCGCUAUGCCCCCUGGGAAAAAGCAUGAUGUUUUUUCAGAGUCUGAUGAUGAAGGUACCUGUUUAAAAGACCAUAUCUUGGGAAUGACUCACAAAACUUCUGAUCCAUAUAUUGAAAAGAAAAUAGAUGAGGAUACAAGUGGCCCUGGGAAGACCAAAUUAGAUACUGGCAAUGGCAAGAUUGUGGAACCCCAGAACCAUGUUCGCCCUGAUUCCUACAGACAUUUUAUUGCUCGAUAUAAAGCGUCUACUCUUCCCAAGAAAAUCUCCUUCCCAAAAAACAAUCAUGAGUAUUUGAGGUUGAAAGCUGUUGUGGGUUAUAAUGGAAAUGGCCGGGGGAACAUGGUCUGGAGACCUGAUACAGGCUUUUUUGCCUAUACCUGUGGAUGUGUGAUUGUAGUGGAAGACCUGCACUCAGGCUACCAGCAACACUGGCUGGGCCACCCAGAAGAAAUUUCUACUUUAGCUGUCAGGCACGAUGCCCGGAUCCUUGCCUCUGCCUCUGGCCGGGGGGAUGAGAGCUCUCGUUGUCAAAUCCGAAUUUGGGAUGUGCCAGGGGGCACUUGCCAAAAGGUUCUGUUUCAUCAUGAAACUGAGGUGCAAGCUAUGGCAUACUCCCAUGAUAAUCAUCUUUUCAUCUCUUUGGGGGAUUACAGUGACCGCACCAUUGCUCUCUGGAAUGCCAUCACCUAUGAACUGAUGUCUUCCACCCGUUUCAUGGAUCCAGUUCAUGAUGUGGCAUUUAACCCCUUCAGUGCUAAUGAAAUUGCCUGUGUGGGCCAGGGAGCUAUUACCUUCUGGCUCAUGAAGCAGCGGGGAGCUGACAUCAACCUCCAGGUCCACAGAAUUCCUGUCCCUCAUGAAAUAGGACCAGUGGAACUGACAUCAAUUUGCUACAGUGUCGUUCCCUUACUCUACAGUGGCACCAACACUGGUCAGAUCUGCGUCUGGGACAUAAGGACCUCCCGAUGUUUUAUGACCUGGGAGGCUGAUGAGGGUGAGAUUGGUGUGCUGUUGUGUUCUGGAAACCGGCUGAUAAGUGGCAGUAAUACUAAACGGAUCCGCCUCUGGGCAGUGGGAGCAGUGCAAGAGCUGAGGCUGAAAGGUUCUGGGGCAAGGUCCAGCUCUGUCUUUAUGGAGCAAGAGAUGGUUCUGGAUGGUGCUGUGGUCAGUGCCAGCUUUGAUGAUAGCAUGGAUAUGGGCAUUGUGGGCACAACUGCAGGCACCCUGUGGUAUAUCAACUGGGCUGAGAAAACCAAUAUCCGCCUGAUCAGUGGCCACAAAAACAAGGUGAAUGAAGUGACCUUUAGUCCCAAGGAGUCCCACUGUGCCACUUGUGGUGAGGAUGGCAGUGUGCGGGUCUGGUCCUUGACCAGCAUGGAGCUGGUGGUGCAGUUCCAGGUGCUAAAUCAGAGUUGCUUGUGUCUGGCCUGGAAUCCAUCAUCCAGUAGUGGCAGAACUGACCACCAGCGAGUGGUGGCUGGCUACAGUGAUGGCACGAUCCGUGUAUUCAGCAUUUCCCAGACAGAGAUGGAGCUGAAGAUACACCCUCACCCUGUACCAGUGACGGCCAUCUCCUUCUCUGUGGAUGGUCAGACCAUUAUUUCUGGAGACAAAGAUGGAAUUGUGGCUGUGAGCAGCUCUAGGACAGGAAUUACUAUACAGGUGCUGAAGGACCAUCAAGGCUCUCCUAUCACUGUGAUCCAGAGCAAAAGUAAAGAGUACUAUGACUUUGGUUUGGAAGGAGGAGAGCUGUGGCUGGCUGUCAGCGCAGACCGGAGAGUUAGUGUCUGGGCUUCGGAAUGGCUCAGAGACAAAUGUGAGCUUGUCGAUUGGCUGAGCUUUCCAGCACCCACCAGUCCAAAGACACCUACGAAUUUGCCUCCUUCUCUAGCCGCCUUCUGCCCUUGGAACAGCAACAUGCUGGUUUAUGUAGGCUUUGGGUUGAAAGAGGAAGUCCUCUUCUAUAACUUCCAUCAGAAACAGGUUGUAGAGAAGAUCCCUUUGUCUUACUUCUCAACUUCCCUCGAUGUGUCCCCAGGAUCACCCCUCAUAGCUAUUGGCUACUGUGAGCGAUUGCUGAGACUCAUUGACUGCAUGUCGAAGACUGAGCAAGACUUUGUGGGGCACAAUGAUACUGUCCACCUCUGCAGAUUCACACCAUCUGGCAAACUGCUCUUCACAGCAGCCUACAAUGAAAUUCUUGUGUGGGAGGUGCUGGGCCCAGAAGCAGCAGCAUCCAGAAAAGCCAAAGACAUCCCUCUAAGACCUCAGAUAGCCAGAUAGACUUCCGAACCCCAGGGGACUCUUCCAUCCAGUUUGCUGACCCUACUGUGGCUCAGUCCACAUUUGUUCCAUAAAUCACGUAGCUCUUUUUAAAAAAUCCUUCUAGGCUGAAGCAAGUCAGCUGCAGGCAGGGCCUGAAAACUGACUCUUCAUAAACCUGUUUGAUUAAACCUAGUGUGUAAGGUGAGGAGGCUGGACCACUUUCCUUGCCAGGGUAAAAGCCAUAUCUACUAGUCAGGUACACAGUGGUAUUGGCCCAUUCCUGCCCUAGGACAUUCCUGUUCCAGAGCCUGAAGUUCUAGCCCCUCCCCCAAUCAUUUUCAAUGAUCUAUCUCCCCUGAAAAACUGCCCCCAAAGGAAAACAUGCUCUGAUAACAGGGCAGCCCAACUUAUUGCCAUGUGCCUUUAUUUAGGGCCUGUGUUAAGUGGGCCUAUGUGUUUAUAUGUAUGUAUGUGGGUUUCAAUAUAUAUUUUUACCAAAAGAUCCAUUUUCAAGGUCUUAAACUGUGGGUUGGCAUGCAAGACUUGAUGCUGAGCCAAGAAGCAAUUUUUACAAAUCAAAUGGGCCAAAGCUGUUGAUUUGAGUGCUAUGGAAAUGUGUAAAAUACUUGCUGCCCUUUUAUCUCUAGGGUUUGUUUUUUUUUUUAAAUGUUUCUACACUUGUACAGUUUUGAAAUAAAAUCGGAUGUUUGCAGUCUG